UUGAGCCAUGGGAAUGGGUGAUCACAUGGACCCAGGCCCCCAAAUCUGCAGUCCUGAGAAGAGGACCCUAGAGGGCUGGGGCAGAGAGGGGUCAUUAGGGGGUGACUGGACUGUGUUGCUGGACUCAGUGAUUCUAGAAAGAAACUUCCUUCUUUGUCUCAGCCUGCAAUUUGGGGAGUGGGAACAGAACUGUGUAUCUAAAAGUCUAGUGCAUAUCAGCCAUGUGUUUCCUCUAGUACUGCAGUUCUUCAACCAGAUGCAGGAAGAACUCAAGCAACUGGACAUCAAAUUUGUGCAGGGUCUGGCAGAUGCUGGGCACAAACGGGACAUGAUGUGGGGAGAGGUGUUCCGGCAAAUGGAGGCUCUGCGGGCAGGCAACGAAUCAUCCUGUGAGCCCUGCCUGGAAAACUGGAUGGCAUUUCAGGGCUCCUGCUAUUUAUUUUCCACACAGUCACAGGACUGGUUUGAAGCCAAGGAUCACUGUGCUAAGAAGGGUGCUCACUUGGUCAUCAUCAAUAGCCAAGCAGAGCAGAAAUUCCUAAUAUCAGAGGAAAAUACUGUCUACUGGAUUGGCCUUAAGAAGCAGUAUCCAAAGGGCAUUUACAAGUGGCAAGAUGGCUCAGCACCCACCUUUAUCAACUGGCCUGAUACCACAUCUUCUGACAAUGACUGUGUCUUCAUAGAGAAGUCUGGCUUCUGGUUCUCAGGGAUGUGCCAGGUGUCCUGGUAUUACAUCUGUGAGAAGCCACAGGUCUGCUGAGACUGAUCCUUUUAUUCUGCCUGCAAUCUUGGAAAAGGUUGUCUUGAUAUUUGACCUCAUAACAAUUCCCCAACUUCUCUGCAGAAAAAGGGGUUUUCUGAAAGCUCCGGUCCUCUUGGGAGCAUCUUUCCCCUUUCUUGCCCUGACUUCUAAAUGCUGUUGAGGAACAUGAAAAAUGAUGCCAGGAUGGAACAAUGAGCAGAAUAUACUGUGUAGGACUUUCUACAAGAUAAAUAAUCUAGUUUUUAAAAAAUUGACAUAAAUAAAGGCAAAUGUAGUAUUGUUAGAAAAUAAAAGAGCCUUAAAGACUGAUGUCUAAAUUAACAUGUGUACUAUGUUUGGGUUUUGAUUUGAAAAAGGUUUUGAAGAAAUCACAAUAUUUGAGUAUGCAUGUAUAUCAGGCAACACGAAGGCAAUUUUAUUUAUUUGUGAGUCGUGCUAAUAGUAUGGUAUAGACAGAUGAUGGAUAGAUAGAUAGAUAGAUAGAUAAGAGAUAUAUCACUAUGUGUUAGCAAUACAUACUAACAUGAGUAUGGGUAAUAUAUAUGGGUAAAUUUGUGUACUGUGUAGGAUUUCCUUAAAACAAUAAAUUAAAUAAACAGGAAGGUUGUAUAUAAGAAAUUCAAUUGGCCAAGUGUUUAUAAUUAUUAAACUGAGACAUAGAAGUCGAUCAUA